AACAAUUUUCAAUUUGUUACAUCUAAACUAAAGCAAAGAAACAUGACUACAAUUCUAAAGUUUGCUUAUAUUAUGAUUACAUGUCUUUUCCUGCUUCACAUUGCAGCCCAAGAAGUUUUACAAUAUGAACUUUUUGACUGUAACGAAGACAGAGAUUGUGAUAACGUCAUCUGCGUCGCAGCCUAUGAAGAUUUCGAAAAAGAAAUUUUUGACUGCAAGAAAGACGGAGAUUGUGAUCACAUGUGUGUCACACCUGGUAUUCCAAAGUGCACUGGAUUGAUAGAGUACAUCGAUACAAUACAAAUCCAAAUUCGCUAGCUAAAAACGAAAAGGAUGAAUUUCUGAACAAACUCACAUCAUCCAUGUUAAUAGCAUAAAACGGCAAAGUACAUAUGCCUACAAAUAUGACUAACAUGAUUAUAUUCAAGUCUCCGGAAUACUCAUGUCUCCGGAUCUGCAACGUUGACGACGCCAAAGUCAUUGUCAUUGAUCAGAUCUGCACUUGCUCAAAGCUAAUCUUUCAACCUGAAUCAAAUAAACAUCGUACUAAGACGGGAAGUCAAAAAUACACCGCACAAAGACAGGAAAUCAAAACAAUCAGAGUCGUUACCGUGCAAUUAAUUUAUGCAAUUAAUUUUUUUCUGAUCACGACAGCAUCCUGAGUGUUGAAAGUAGCUGAAGGCUUAAAACUCUAACCCCUUUUCCGGAAAACAAGAGAUUUAAUUGGUUAAUUACUGUUUUGUGAGUAAUUCUUGAUAAAUUGUGUUGCUAUAAAUAGCAGCGCUGUUUUGAAAAAUAAAUAUUUGGAUUUCCUUUGAUUUUGGUGAUUUGAUUUUAUAUUAAAUCAUUUGGUAAAAAUAAUUUUUAAAUAUUGUUAUCAUAUGUUGUUGGAGUUUAAUUUCUAUUUGAAAUUAGUUUUGAUUCACAAAAAAUUUGUACAUAAAGAUUAUUUUGAGAAAAAGAAGGCAAAAUGUAAUUGUUUCGCUAUAAUUAGCAGCGCUCUUUUGAAAAAUAAAUAUUUGGAUUUCAUUUGAUUUUGGUGAUUUGAUUUUAUAUUAAAUCAUUUGGUAAACAUAAUUUUUAAAGAUUAUUAUCAUAUGUUGCAAUUUAAUUUCUAUUUAAAAUUAGUUCUGAUUCACAAAAAAUUUGUACAUAAAGAUUAUUUUGAGAAAAAGAAGGCAAAAUAUAAAUUAUAUAUAUAUAUAUAUAUAUAUAUAUAUUUGGUAAUUAUAUAUAUACUUUAUUAAGGAAUCUCAAAAUAUUGUUGCCCUAAUCUUGUAGUGCAAAAAAUAAGGUUGGAAAAUAAUAAUUCUAGUCUUGUUCGGUUGUUUAUAAACAUAUAAAGUUUGUUUCCUUUAUUUAGGAAACAUUUAUAACAUUUAUGCUAGAGUUAUGUUUUAUUUACAACACUGUUAAAUUGAAUUGUGAUGGUUCUUCUGUUGGCACACAUCCCUGUGGGGCUAUUGGUAUAGUAAUCAGAGAUUCUCAGUUUGGGUUUUUGGGGGCUCUUUCCUGCAACAUUGGUCAUGCCACUCCUCUAGAAGCUGAAUUUUGUGCCUGCAUGAUUGCUAUUGAAAAAGCUAUGGAGUUGGGCCUUAAUAAUAUUUGUUUGGAAACUGAUUCUCUUAAAGUGGUUAAUGCUUUUCACAAGAUUGUGGGUAUUCCUUGGCAAAUGAGAGUUAGAUGGCAUAAUUGUAUCAGGUUUUGUCAUAGCAUUGCUUGUGUUUGUGUGCAUAUACCUAGGGAAGGUAACUUGGUUGCAGAUGCUUUGGCUAGACAUGGUCAAGGGCUUUCUCUGUUCUUCUUACAAUGGUGGCCAGCUCCUCCUUCUUUCAUUCAAUCUUUCCUUGCUCAGGAUAGAUAUGGGAUGUCUUCCUCUAGAUUGAAUAUAAGAUGAUAGUUUCCUUCCUGCUUGUUUUAGAGGAUUGUUUUCUUUGUUUUUUCUACUGUUCGUUUCAGUUUGUAUGUUCCAAUUUUUUAUAAGAGGUUCAGACUGCUCCUGACAAAUUUUAAUUGAUUUUUAGCUUUAUAAAAAAAAAAAGUUUUAUUUUGUUUAAA